UCCAAAGCGACUUACAAUAAGUGCAUUUCAACCUAGAGUACAAACUAAGAACAACAAGAAUACAGGAAGUAACAUUUCCUCAACAUAGUCGAACUACAAAAGCACCAUAAUAAGAGCCAUUUAAGUGCCACUGAAGUGCAAAUCUGUGUUUUAAUCCAGAUAUAGUCGGAACAGGUGUGUUUUCAGUUUCCGGCGGAAGAUGUAAAGACUUUCUGCUGUCCUGAUGUCAGUGGGGAGCUCGUUCCACCACUGAUUUAUUUCUUAUUCAUAACCUCCAUGUGCUUUUGUUUUUGGCUCUUACUUUCAGAUGUUUACCCUGUUUCGGUUGUUUCGUUCACAGAGUGAAGAGGCGAGAAAAUAUAGACGAGAACCAACGAGAGAGACUGAGCGAUGGAUGAUCAAGACAAAGGAGGAGGAGGAGGAGGAGGAGGAGGAGGGCAGACAAAAGAAAACCAGAAGGCCGAGGAGGUCGGCGACGAAGAGAAGUGGACCAAAGACAAGCACAACAAGCUGGAGAAGGAAAUCGGCGGCAAGGAGCCGAGCGAUGGCGAUGGCGAUGGCGAUGGCGGCGGCGGCGAGGUCAAGAAGGAGAAGCGCCGCUGGACGCUGGCGGAGCGGCUGGCCAUCAACGUGUCGGGGAUGCGCUACGAGACCCACGUCCGCACCCUCGCCCAGUUCCCCGACUCCCUGCUGGGCGACCCCCGCCGCCGCCUCCGCUACUUCGACCCCGUGCGCAACGAGCUCUUCCUGGACCGCAGCCGCAUCUGCUUCGACGCCAUCCUGUACUUCUACCAGUCGGGCGGGAGGCUGCGGCGGCCCGCCAACGUGCCCCUGGACAUGUUCCUGGAGGAGCUGCGCUUCUACGAGCUCGGCGAGGAGACCAUCGACCGGUACAAGGCGGACGAAGGCUUCCCCAAGGAGGAGGAGCGGCCCUUGCCCGCCAACGCCCUGCAGCGGCACCUCUGGAUGCUGUUCGAGUAUCCGGAGUCCUCCAGCGGGGCGAGGAUCAUCGCCAUCAUCAGCGUCAUGGUCAUCGUGCUCUCCAUCCUCAUCUUCUGCCUGGAGACUCUGCCCGAGUUCAGGAACGAGAAGGAGCUGCGGGAGCAAUUCAUCCCCAUGCCUCACCCCACCAUCGCCAACGAAACCAUCCUGGUCCCGCCGGCCUUCAACCCCUUCCAGGACCCCUUCUUCAUCGUGGAGACCAUCUGCAUCAUCUGGUUCUCCUUCGAGCUGACGGUGCGCUUGAUCUGCGCCCCGAACAAGGUGCACUUCUUCAAGGACGUCAUGAACACCAUCGACUUCUUCGCCAUCUUUCCCUACUUCGUCACGCUGGGCACGGAGAUGGCCAAGGACGACGACACGCCGCCCUCCAUGUCCCUGGCCCUCAUCCGGAUCAUCCGGCUGGUGAGGGUCUUCAGGAUCUUCAAGCUCUCGCGUCACUCCAAGGGCCUCCAGAUCCUGGGCCAGACGCUGAAGGCCAGCCUGCGGGAGCUCGCCCUGCUCAUCUUCUUCCUCUUCAUCGGAGUCAUCAUCUUCUCCAGCGCCGCCUACUUCGCGGAGGUGGACAGCCCCAACACGGCGUUCACCAGCAUCCCCGAGGCGUUCUGGUGGGCCGUGGUGACCAUGACGACGGUGGGCUACGGGGACAUGUACCCGGAGACGGUCGGGGGCAAGCUGGUGGGCUCCAUGUGCGCCAUCGCCGGCGUGCUCACCAUCUCGCUGCCGGUGCCCGUCAUCGUGUCCAACUUCAGCUACUUCUACCACCGCGAGUCGGAGUGCGAGGAGCCGACGGGCCACACCCACGUGUCCACGUCGCUGUGGGACGGCGAGGAAGAGGAAGAGGGGGAGUACGAGGAAGAAGGGGAGGACGAGGGGCACGAACACACGGGAGAUCACACCCUGCUGCGCGGGCUGAACAGCAGGGGGAUCUGCCCGCCGCUCAACGGCGCCCUCCUGGCGGGGCUUUGCACCGGACAGGAAGCUGGCGGUCGCAGAGGGAUGAACUUCGUCCUCAACGAAAACCUGGUGACUCAGGUUUGAGGAAGAGGAGAUCGGACAUUUAGCGCACGAGGAAAACUACAACGUGCACACAAAGACUCUCAUUUGAGGCUUUUUUUUGCUUGGUUUUGUUUGACUUUUCUUUUUCUUCUUUUUUUUACAGUUAAAAUCUGUUUUUCUCAUUGAAUGAAUAAAAAUAUGAUGUUUUGAAAAAGACUGCAGGUUGUUUGACAAAACGUACCGCUUUGUUUA